GAGAUGCUCAGGCAGGAUCCGUAAUGACGGGCUUUCAGGGGCACCUUGUUCCUGUAGGUGGUGAAGAUGAUUUUCUUUGGCCCCCCGAAUGCUAAGAUACUGCUAAAACCAGAGGACCUUGCCUCUGGCCCCUGAGCUUCCCGGGGUGGAGGGCUUUGCUGAAAGAGACCUCCUUGUAAAUAGACGUCUUAGGAUCUUACAAGGGUUUUCCCCUUUGAGCGUCAUCUCUCACCGUCGCCUCUUUAUAGCCUCAGUGUCCUUCAUCCAGCUGUUUGCCAUCUAUAAAAUGCUUCUCAUGGACCGGACACGGAGCAAAUAUUGUGAAGUUUUGAAAGAAGAUUGUGCAAAGGGGAAAAGAAAAAAAAUCACCCCCUCAGAGCGUUCUUUGGAACCCCAAAGUUCCUCUGACGGUGGGAAGAUGACUUCAAGGUGGAUAAUUUCUCAGGGCAAAAAAGGGUGCAGGGGAUAAGAAGUGGGUGCCCUGGAUCAGGACUGAAAAUCGAAGAAGAAUUCAGCAAAGGGACAGGUUGAAAUUUAACUUUUUUUUUUUCUUUUUGGCAAUCCAUUUGCCCCUAACAGUGCACUGCCACUGGUAUCUGUCAGUCUGAACAGUGAAGGCACUUUUUCCUUUGAUAUAAAUCAAUUUUUUAAAAAAUGCAUCUAUUGUUGACCACUCUGAAAAUAAAGGACUUGGCCCGUUUGAGCAAAAAGCUGGAAAUUGCCUGGGGACAGCAUCUGCCACCACGAAGAUCAUGUAGCUUGAUCAGCUGCACCCAUAAAAACAGGUACGCAUCAUUGCACCCUCUCUGGCAAAGCCCAAUCACCAUCCCUGGAGGCAGCCGGCAGUCUCCCAUCAAUAUCCAGUGGAGAGACAGCGUUUACGACCCUCACCUUAAACCUUUGGAAAUACGCUACGACCCGGACACUUGUCUCCACAUGUGGAACAACGGAUACUCCUUCCUGGUUGAGUUUGAGGACUCCACGGAUAAGUCAAUUAUAACAGGCGGUCCCUUGGAGAACAACUAUCGGCUGAAGCAGUUCCAUUUUCACUGGGGAGCCGUCAGCGACUGGGGCUCGGAGCACACCGUGGACUGCAAGGUGUUCCCGGCCGAGCUGCAUUUAGUUCACUGGAAUUCUUGCAAAUUUGGAAGUUUCGAAGAAGCUCUAAUGGAGGAAAACGGCCUGGCUGUGAUUGGAGUCUUCUUGAAGCUCGGAGCCAAUCACGGUGGCCUGCAGAAAUUAGUAGAUGCCUUGCCAUCAAUUAAAUACAAGGAUUCUCUGGUGGAACUUGAGGAGUUUGACGCUUCCUGCUUGUUGCCCUCCUGCCCAGACUAUUGGACUUACUCAGGAUCUCUGACCACCCCACCCCUUUCAGAGUCAGUCACCUGGAUCAUCAAGAAGAAAGCAAUUGAGGUGGAUGAAGAUCAGCUCGAGGUCUUCCGGAUGCUCCUUUUUACUUCGGCGGAAGAGGAUGAGAAGAGGAUGGUGGACAACUUUCGUCCACUGCAGCCCAUCAUGGACCGCACAGUCCGUUCAUCCUUUCAAAAGCAUUUCUGGCUGGACAUGGAAAAGCAAUCGGAGGACCAGAUGUUCAGUGUCCGUGAGCAAGGGCCCCUUCAGGGCACUCUGCAUCUUUAAGGGGCUAAAUGUUAUGUGCGCUUGACAAGUAAUUUAGCAUAAGGCUGGGUGGAAGGUCUGUUGCUUCAAGGGGGAUGAGAGAUUUCUGGUCCUUCGCUCUUCCAAAAGGCUGCUCUUUCCUGUAGCAUGAGAACCACGUGGACUUAAGUCUUCUCCCAGUAACAUUUCAAAACACCAGUUAGCAUCCCAAGCCUCAUCUACUGUCCAGGUGUUUCUCCAUCAGCAGAUGCUGCGUUGGAGGAACUGAACGUGGGGAUGAGGCCUCCCAGGGGACCUCUGAGGAACCAGGCAAUCUGCAAAGCGGGACUGUUCUUGGAAGAGAGGAAAUGUAUACAAUUUGGCAAGAGGGGGUACUUGUUUUUGGUUUUGAGCUAGUUUGCCCCAGAUACCAGGAUGAUAACAACCUGAAUUCCCAGCUGUUCUGGAAUUAUAGUAUUAACGCAUUUGAGGGCCAUCCUGUUGCAGAACCCUUUCCAGGUGAUCUAAGCCUAUCUACCUCUAAACUCUAGCUCUAACCUUAUAGCAGUUCCCCCCAGCCCUUUUCCUGUCUCUUGUACAAGCAAGAGGCGUGUGGUUGUGGCCAUCUGGGAUCUGGGAAACCGGAUGAGACCUUUUCUCCCUAAACCAGCAGAUUUGAAUGGAUUUCAGGCUAGGAUCCAGCCAUGCGCACUUGGAAGGAAAUUCAGCUAACAUAGGCGAGGCAUAACUUACAAGGAACUAUGUAUAGGAUGCACGUCGUAUCUUAAGUAUAUGUACUUAUUGAUGCAUAACAUCUGCCAGAUCUAAAUAUGCAUAUUUUUUCGCUCUGUAGCAAUGGCUUUUUUAAAAACAAACACACACACAUUAGAGCCUACACGGUGCCUGACCACGUGGAAGAUAGCCAGCCCACUGUGGCUGCCUGCUAAAUCUUCUGCUGAGGUUGGGGAGAGCACAGUCUGCGCCUUAACUGAUCAGAGGCGUUCAAAAUUGAAGUCUUUAUCAGUCAUGCAGGGUUAGGGUUUGUAUGUUGCAACCCUAGCUUGUAUGCAUCCGAGCAGAAACAAAUCAACAGGCCUUAAAAAGUCUUAGAGCAAGGGUUUUCAUAUUUCUUUUCAAGCUGCAGAACCUGUUCGUGGAAAAAGGCAUUCCCAGAACCCUUGCUCAAGAGGCCAUUUUCUAGGGAUAGAAAAUUGGUUGAAUCUGAGUGAAUUUUGUUUUCUCCACUCGGUUUCCCACAGAACCUCGUCAGGUUCAAAAGCGGUUUUUGAUCUGGAGAACCAUGGUGUUUCACAUGAGGAUCCUGUUUCUGCCUGCAUUGUUUGACGUGUACAUUGAGGUUGCUCUUGUAAAGCGUUGCCACCUAAAAUGAUCACUUUUACCUCCCCCCCCCCACUUUUUCCCUAGAGCAGUGUUUCUCCACCGUAGCAACUUCAAGAUGGGUGGACUUCAACUCCCAGAAUUCCCCAGCCAGCAAUGGGGAUGUCUCCAUAGACAUACUGAGAUGGCUUAAUUUUAAGAAAGUUUAGAGCAGCCUUACCCAGCCUUGUUGGCUGAGAAUGAUGGGCACCGUGUCCCCAACCUCUGGAGGGAAGGUGGCUCAAUUUGGCCUGUAAAAUGAUGCGUUUUGCCCCUCAGAAAAAAUAGCUUUUAGAUCCAUCUGUGUUAACGGGACACACAGUCGGGAGAUGUGGGUCGGGAGCCUUCUGCCUCAAGAGCGUCUUUGUGAUUGAUUUUUAGCUAGAACUGAUUUAUUUCCCUGAAAGUUCUUGGCCUAUUUGCUUUUCAUAUCAGAGUUUUAUAUAUCCUAAGUCCUUUUUCCUUACAUGUGGAAGAAUCAGAAUAGGCAGGCUUGAGACAUCAAUGAGUCCAGAGUUUACAGAAACGGUGCAGAAAGGAAAUUUAAGCUGUUACACAUCUUUACAAUAACCGGUUGGUGCACCUAUUAAACGUAAUAUAUAUUUAUGAAGUCCCGUAUCUGGUGUCCAGAAGUUAUUUCAGCUGUAUUUGGCUUGGGAAAGAGGAAGGAGGGCAAAUGAAUUGUUUCAUUGUGUGGGAAGCCACCGCAACUAGAUAAAAUUUCUCCUGAAAUGCAUUCAGAUGGAGAAACAAUACCGUACUGUUUUGAC